AAAGGCCCAGAGAUACUGUUAGCAGGACAGAAGCUGAACGACAAUGAGUGGCACUCAGUGAAGGUGGUACGUCUCGGGAACAACCUGCAGCUCUCUGUGGACAACGUGACUGUGGAAGGUAGGAGGGGAGAGCAGAGUCAAACCAUGAGAUGAAGGGAAACUGUGAUCUUCCUGAUAAUACACUAGAUACUAAAUAACAUUUCAUGUUUAGUUUGUGAUCUUCUGUAGCUCAGUUGGUAGAGCAUGGCGCUUAACUGUAAGUCGCUUUAGAUAAAAGUGUCUGCUAAAUGGCAUAUAUUAUGUAUUUUUAUAUCUGCCUAUCAACAUGUAUUUAUUCUACUCCAGGCCAUAUGGCCGGUGCCCACACUCGCUUGGAGUUCCACAACAUUGAGACUGGCAUCAUGACAGAGAGACGCUUCAUCUCUGUGGUGCCAUCCAACUUCAGAGGGCACCUGCAGGCCCUCUCCUUCAAUGGCGUGCCCUACCUGGACCAGUGUAAGAAUGGUGACAUCUCCUACUGCGAACUCAAUGCCCGCUUCGGCAUGCGUCGCAUCGUGGCUGACCCUGUGACCUUCCACAGCCGGGCCAGCUACCUGGCCUUCUCCACCCUGCAGGCCUAUGCCUCCAUGCACCUCUUCUUCCAGUUCAAGACCACCUCACCUGACGGCCUGCUGCUCUUCAACUCUGGAGACGGCAGUGACUUCAUCAUGGUGGAGCUGGUCAAAGGGUGAGUGGUGUGCUUGGGGGGUCAGGAAGGGGUGAAGCUCCACCUAAUAUUCCAAUGGGCGAUGACAAUGGUUUGGAUUUGUUUUUUUUGUUGACAUUAUGUGUUCAACCUAUUUUGCAACAUAUUUUCUUAGGUGCUGUAACCAUGCAGAGAGUGUAUGGGAUGGAUGAAUAACAGCUGCCAACCACUGUUCCUCUUUUCUCUCCCUCAACAAGUGAUUGUCUGUUAUAGGGAAUACUUUGUUUCUGUCACCUGGCGCCAUGUAAAGGGAAAGUAUUCAGAAUGUUUUAGUGAAAAGAGACGGAUAGAGGGAGUAGGUGUGAAAGAGCGAACAAUAAUGCCCAGAAAUACUGCCCAGAAAUACUGUCACUCAGUAAGCAAUUAGUCAGCAGGAGUUCUUCUAAGCUGUGGCGCCUUUAAGCAACAGCACACAGCAAUACUGGAUCCGUGGGCUGAAGAGAGAACUGUCAUAUCUCUCAGUGCUGCGAGUACUACACUGUCUCUGAUGAUGUUUCUAUUCAUAUUAUCAAUGUGCAUUCAAUCUGCAUUUCAAAAGGACAGGAUGUUGCAAUAUCGUCCCUAUCCAUUGUAGAUUUCCUUUACAUUUAAACAUUUACCUAGAUACAGUAUAUAUUUGUCAUUCUGUAAAAUUACUUGUGUGUGAUGUAAUGUUGUGUUGUAGGUACAUCCAUUACGUGUUUGACCUGGGUAGCGGACCGUCACUCAUGAAGGGCAACUCUGAGAAGCCUCUCAACGACAACCAGUGGCACGACGUGGUGGUCUCCCGGGACGACAACAACGUACACAUCCUCAAGAUCGACUCCCGCACCGUCACCCAGCACUCCAACGGAGCCCGUAACCUGGACCUCAAAGGUAUUGUAUGCACUACCCCUUCUCAAAACUGGCUCCAGCCACUGUACUCCUGCAGGGUAUAUACAGUAUAUGGAGUGGACUCAAAGUACUUGUUUUCUUAGUGCAGUAUUUCAGAUCAACAGACACUAAUUAUCUGACUGUCAGAAGCACACAUCAGUGUUUGUUGCUGUCGAAACGCUGAGUACAGACACCAGCUAUGAUUGCUGUGUUGUUCAAUAGGCUUUAUGAAGAUAAUGGAAUCAAAAGUGAAUUUGUUUUUUUGGUAGACUCUCAUGCCCAGGAGAGGAAUGCUUUGGCUGAGAAGAAAAUUAAGUCUUUGUACUUAGUGAAUGAAAGUGAAAUGAGAUUAAAAGAGAGGUGAUCAAAGAGUGCCAGCAGUGGACACAGCAGCAGCAGAGAACAGUAGCAAAGAGUAGAAGAGAACAACAGCAGAGAGCCGCAGCAGAGAGCCGCAGCAGAGAACAACAGCAGAGAGCAGCAGCAGAGAACAACAGCAGAGAGCAGCAGCAGAGAACAACAGCAGAGAGCAGCAGCAGAGAACAACAGCAGAGAGUAGCAGAGAACAGUAGCAGAGAACAG